AUGGAACAGUCCCGUCGGCCUGAAGACGGUGCAUUUCUGGGCCCCGAUCAUGAAGGUAUGAUAUCGUUUUUGCUGAAAUCGGUCCUAUUUUGUCGCAAAAUGUGUACUGCCCGCUUGAGCUGGACCAAGAUAUACCUAUGCGGCAUCCGUUAUGUGACAUCACCGCAGGUUCGAAGAUGGGUCCUCGUCCUUGCCGGUCUUUCUGAUCUCGCCCGUCCCGCCGACAAGCUCUCCCUGACUCAAAACGCCGCUUUGAUGGCCACCGGCGCAAUCUGGACCAGAUGGUGUCUCAUCAUUAAGCCGAGAAAUGUCCUUCUCGCCGCGGUUAACUUCUUUGUUGGAUGCGUGGGAUUCACGCAAGUGACUCGCAUUUUCCUGCAUAGACGAACUGUCGACGGGUCCACCAAGGAUGCGCUGAAGGAUAUGACCCACGAAGCAACAGGCCCGGCUAAGGCUGCUGUGAUCAAAGCUGAGGGAAAGGUGGAAGAAUUGAUUAAGAAACAUUAAACGCUAGGGAUCCAUAUAAUAUGAUGAUAGAGUAUGGAGGCGAGAUGGGAAGGAUUGGCUUGAAAAUGAAUCCAUGAUACGGAUUGAUUCUUUGGACUUCAAAAAAGGGCUGGUAGCUGUAAGGAGCUCAGACAGGGGCCGAUUCUGGAAAGGAGGAAGAGCGGUGUAUUUUUCUUGGGUUUCUUUGGUCUUGCUCAAGACUCCAUGGGGCGAGAUGUGACUAUAAACUCAAUUCAUUUUUAAUAACAUGGGAGUGGAAACGAGGACUUGCUUCAAACCUGAACCUUCCCCGACUUUUCAGCUUCCUUGGGCAUACACAAGCGGUCACCUUUGAAUCCCGCUGGGUUGUAUGAGAGAUGAUCAGACCUUGUAGCUCCGGCGCUGCAAUUUGUAGGGGGAUUUUACCUCUCAGGGCCUUUUCCUUAACUAAUCUUAACCAAUUAGUUGUUUAUCAGUUGCGGUUAAAGAAUGUUUGAAAAUGGGUUUGGGAAAAUGG